AUGGCUCUUGCUACACGGCCUAAAAAGGAGAUGCCAAGAAUUGGAGUAAAAAAGUCAAAGAACACGCUCUAUUCUGGAACUAGCCUUGCCUCUAUUGAAUCCUUAACCGUACCUCUUUUUCAAGAAGUUGUUCUUUCAGCAGAUAUUCGAUGUGCCGAUUGUCAAAAGAGAGUAGCUGCCAUAAUGUCAAGAAUGAAUGAGACAGAAUCUGUAUCCAUUAAUGUAUUGGAAAAGAAGAAGGAAGAGGUGCUUCGUAUAUUGCGUCAUGGAGUAAAACGAAGCAUAGGACAAGAGGUAAAGAUAUACUUCCCCUUGUACUUGGGUGGAAGACGAACAAAGCACAGAAGUGAAGUUAGGGAUAACAAGCUAAACGUGCCAAACAAAGCCCCAUUGCUCAGCUUAAGUAGAAUCAGAUUCCAAAAUGACCGGAAAGAAUUUCCAGCAGACAAUCCAAAAGCAGAAACAGCGAAUUGCUGCAUGGAGCUGAGAAUUAACCUUGAUUGCAAUGCUUGCUGCAAAAAAGCUAGGAGGAUCAUUCUCAAAAUGAAAGAGGUGGAGGCACACAUGAUUGAGAAGCAGCAAUGCAGGAUAAGUAUAUGUGGAAGAUUUAGACCAUCUGACGUGGCAAUAAAGCUAAGGAAAAAGAUGAACCGUAGAGUUGAAAUACUGGACAUUCAGGAAUUCGACAGCAGCAAUGAACAAGAAGACCCGACGCCAGCAGCGGCUGGCUAA